UAGGACAGCCAAUAGCUACUUUCUUUACAGAGGAGUUGGCAACACUGCGUGGCGGGAUAUUCAUAAACUUGUUAGCCUCUUCAAAGAGUGCCGAGUUUAUUUCUCACAAUUAUUAGGAAUAUUGGGAAACAGAAGGUUAAUUUAAUGGAGUGUUUGAAUGUUUCAAGAAUCCUGCCAAAUUCCCCACGAAAAGCAAGAGGACAGAUCCAGGUACGUUCUCAAACUUUUUUGAUACAAAUGCUUGCUAGUUAACCUCUUUCGAAGAUGCCCAAAGUUAACCCUAAACCUUUUUUUAUAAUCAUCUUAUAACAAAUAACUUAAUCAUAUGCAAUGAUUUCUAAGUGGAUCGUACACAACUAAUUUGUCUGUCCUUUGUUUGCAGAUCAUCUUUGGCCCAAUGUUCUCAGGCAAAAGGUACGUGUCAGUUGGCUAAUUCUGCAUAAACAGCUGUUUUAUUUGUUAAGCGCUACGAUUUUGUUUACCAACACAGUCAGUGAACCACCAUCAACUUGAUGGCUCAACAAUAACAGCUCGUUAAAAAUGCAGCCCGCCAAAUGUAACUGCAUUAGUACGCCUUGUACUGUACUCUACUAGCUAGUGCUUGAGAUGCCGACUGUAACUGUAACAAGCUACUGUGUGUACUUUGCACUUAGAAUUACAAAUUAUAACAUAUUAGUAAUUUAAUAGGAUCUCUUUGACUUUGCAUUUAUCCCUAUAAACUGUAACAUAUACUCCACGUCACAGUGUUUUAGAUGGCGGGUCAUAGCUGUAUUAUAUGUGGUCCAAGAUGGUGUCACUUUCAGCUGGUAUAUUUGAACGUACAGUACCAGUCAAAAGGUUGGACACACCUACUCGUUCCAGGGUUUGUCUUUAUUUUUUACUAUUUUCUACGUUGUAGAAUAAUAGUGAAGACAUCAAAACUAUGAAAUAACACAUAUAGAAUCAUGUAGUAGCCAAAAAAAGUGUUAAACAAAUCAAAAUAUAUCUUAUAUUUUAGAUUCUUCAAAGUAGCCACCCUUUGCCUUGAUGACAGCUUUGCACACUCUUGGCAGUCUCUCAACCAGCUUCAUGAGGCAGUCACCUGGAAUUCAUUUCAAUUAACAGGUGUGCCUUGUUAAUUUGUGGAAUUUCUUUCCUUCCUAAGCCAAUCAGUUGUGUUGUGACAAGGUAGGGGUGGUAUACAGAAGAUAACCCUAUUUGGUAAAAGACCAAGUCCAUAUUAUGGGAAGAACAGCUCAAAUUAGCAAAGAGAAACGACAGUCCAUCAUUACUUUAAGACAUGAAGGUCAAUCAAUACGGAACAUUUCAAGAACUUUUAACGUUUCUUCAAGUGCAGUCGCAAAAACCAUCAGUGCUAUGAUGAAACUGGCUCUCAUGAGGACCGCCACAGGAAAGAAAGACCCAGAGUUACCUUUGCUGCAGAGGAUAAGUUCAUUAGAGUUACCAGCCUCAGAAAUUGCAGCCCAAAUAAAUGCUUCACAGAGUUCAAGUAACAUACACAUCUCAACAUCAACUGUUCAGAGGAGACUGCAUGAAUCAGGCCUUCAUGGUCGAAUUGCUGCAAAGAAACCACUACUAAAGGACACCAAUAAGAAGAAGAGACUUGCAUGGGCCAAGAAACACAAGUGAAGCAUGGAGGAGGAGGUGUGGGGGUGCUUUGGUGGUGACACUGUAGGUGAUUUAUUUAGAAUUCAAGGCACACUUAACCAGCAUGGCCACCACAGCAUUCUGCAGCGAUACGCCAUCCCAUCUGGUUUGCACUUAGUGGGACUAUCAUUUGUUUUUCAACAGGACAAUGACCCAACACACCUCCAGACUGUGUAAGGGAUAUUUGACCAAGAAGGAGAGUGAUUGAGUGCUGCAAGGAGAGUGAUGGCCUCCACAAUCACCCGACAUCAACCCAGUUGAGAUGGUUUGGGAUGAGUUGGACUGCAGAGUGAAGGAAAAGCAGCCAACAAGUGCUCAGCAUGUGUGGGAACUCCUUCAAGACUGUUGGAAAAGCAUUCCUCAUGAAGCUGGUUGAGAGAAUGCCAAGAGUGUGAAAAGCUGUCAUCAAGGCAAAGGGUGGCUACUUUGAAGAAUCAAAAAUAUAAAAUAUAUUUUGAUUUGUUUAACACUUGUUUGGUAACUACAUGAUUCCAUAUGUGUUAUUUCAUAGUUUUGAUGUCUUCACUAUUAUUCUACAAUGUAGAAAAUAGUAAAAAAUAAAGACAAACCCUUGAAUGAGUAGGUGUGUCCAAACUUUUGACUGGUACUGUAUAUCCCGAUAAACCAGGUAGAUUAUGAUCAAUACUCGAGGAUUUUAAUACUUUUUAUUUUUUUUGUAAACUGACCCUUACCUAAUAUGAAGUAACAGAAGGUGAUUGGAAAACAUGGUGAUCACAUGACUACAUGGGCAGAAUAAACCAAAAAAGGCUAAGCAUGGCUGUACAGAUGCUAAUCACCUCCGAUGCUAGCAGCGAGACAGGAGCAUGCAGCCUACGUGAAGACUUUCCAGAACUCAUGUCAAAAGACUCCUAACAUGCUUACCACACCGCUCCUGUCACGUGCUCGAGCGUUGCAAAAUAAAUGUACACAUGUUAUUCAAUCAUUGCACCCACACUGCUCGCGCAUAUCAAUGAGCGUCUGCAUCAUUGGUUUUUAGGAGCAUAUAGCCACGUGGGUGAUUGAAAGAUGAACUGAGGUCCACACUCCAGACCAGUUGGUGGUGGUAAUGCACCUUAAAGUUGGUUGCCAACCGCCAUAUAAAGUCGGAAGAAGAAGCCUGAAUGAGGAGAGAUUCAUAGAAACAAACUGGGUUUCCCUUUUUAUCUGUGGAUUAAUUGUAGUAGAGGACCUUGUGCAUUUCAGGUAAAAUAAUAACCAAAUGUUUUAUAUCCAGGACAAAUUGGCUAGCAACAGCUAGUCUCUAAUCUAGGAUGGUCAUCUGAAUCAGGGUUAGUUUGGCAGCUGGGGUGAAAGAGGAGCGAUUACGAUAGAGGAAACCAAGUCUAGAUUUAACCUUAGCCUGCAGCUUUGAUAUGUGCUGAGAGAAGGACAGUGUACUGUCUAGCCAUACUCCCAAGUACUUGAAUGAGGAGACUACCUCAAGCUCUAAACCCUCAGAGGUAGUAAUCACACCGGUGGGGAGAGGGGCAUUUAUUUUUACCAAACCACAUGACCUUUGUUUUGGAGGUGUUCAGAGCAAGGUUAAGGGCAGAGAAAGCUUGUUGGACACUAAGAAAGCUUUGUUGUAGAGCGUUUAACACAAUCCGGGGAGGGGCCAGCUGAGUAUAAGACUGUAUCAUCUGCAUAUAAAUGGAUGAGAGCUUCCUACUGCCUGAGCUAUGUUGUUGAUGUAAAUUGAGAAGUGCGUGGGGCCUAGGAUGGAGCCUUGGGGUACUCCCUUGGUGACAGGCAGUGGCUGAGACAGCAGAUGUUCUGACUUUAUACACCGCACUCUUUGAGAGAGGUAGUUAGCAAAUCAGGUCAAAGACCCCUCAGAGACACCAAUACUCGUUAGCCGGCCCACAAGAAUGGAAUGGUCUACCGUAUCAAAAGCUUUGGCCAAGUCAAUAAAAAUAGCAGCACAACAUUGCUUAGGAUCAAGGGCAAUGGUGACAUCAUUUAGGACCUUGAAGGUUGCAGUGACAUAUCCAUAACCUGAGCGUAAACCAGAUUGCCUACCAGAGAGAACACUAUAGACAUCAAGAAAGUCAGUCAGUUGAUUAUUGACAAGUUUUUCCAACUCUUUUGAUAAACAGGGCAAAAUAGUUGGCCUAUAACAGUUAGGAUCCGCUUGAUCUCCCCCUUUAGCUAAAGGACACACUGUGGCCGCCUUCCAAGCAAUGGGAACCUCCCCAGAGAGGAGAGACAGGUUAAAAGGUCAGAGACAGGCGAUGAUGAGGGGCUGCAACCUUACAGAAGAAAGGAGCUAAACCAUCUGACCCAGAGGUUUUUUGGGGGUCAAGUUUAAGGGGCUCCUUUAGCACCUCAGACUCAGUGACCGCCUGCAGGGAGAAACUUUGUAGCGGGGCAGGGGAAAAGAGGGAGGAGCAUCGGGGCUAGUCGCAUUAAAGGGCCCCGUGUAGCUCAGUUGGUAGAGCAUGGCGCUUGCAACGCCAGGGUUGUGGGUUCGUUUCCCACGGCGGGCCAGUAUGAAAAUGUAUGCACUAACUGUAAGUCGCUCUGGAUAAGAGCGUCUGCUAAAUGACUAAAAUGUAAAUGUAAAAUGAGAUGAGGAAGUGUUGGACGGGCAAGGACGCAUGGCUGAGUCGAAUAGGAAUGCUGACUUAAUGAAGUGGUGAUUUAAAGAGCUCAGCCAUGUGCUCCUUGUCAGUAACAACCACAUCAUCAACAUUAAGGGACAUGGACAGCUGUGAGGAGGAGGGUUUAUUCUCCAGGUCUUUAACUGUUUUCCAGAACUUCUUUGGGUGAGACACACAGAGCGAGAACUGCUCCUUAAAGUAACUAACUUUAGCCUUCCGGAUAACCUAAGUGCACUUAUUUUUCAUUUGCCUGAACGAGAGCCAGUCAGCCUGAGUAUGCGUGUGCCGAGCCUUUCGCCAAAUGGAAUUCUUGAGGUGGAGUAACUCUGCCAGAUCACGGUCGAAAAAGGGGCUGAACCUGUUUUUAAUUCUCAUUUUCUUUAUGGUGGUGUGUUUUGUUAACAAUACCACAGAAAAUUUGCUUGCUCAUUUAAAGAUUUUUUUAGCAAGCGUCUAUGACAAGUCAGGACAGGCCGUUUCACUGAGCAGCCAUUACGAACACAGGCUGUAAAACAGUGAUCGCGAAGGUCAUUGCAGAAAACACCAGACUGAUACAUAUCAGGAUUAUUUGUGAGGCUAACAUCAAGGAGAGUAGCCUUUUCUGGGUGUUUGGAGUCAUACCUUGUGGGAUUGGUAAUAAUCUGAGCAAGAUUUAGGGAGUUGUCAUGGAAAUUCUAACCAAAAGGAAGAGAGACCUGAAGAAUCUACAAACAACUUUUUAUUAUAAGAUUAGCAAAUCUGGAGCAGUUAACAAUCACUCAAUAGUGCAGAGUUAAAAGCCCAACGAACAAAGUUGGGUCUCAGCUUUUAUAAAAAUCUAUUGCACAGUUAGCAGAUGUGUGGAAACAAUGGGUGGGUACAUAGUGCAAAGAAACGAUCAUCACUAGUUUCGUAACUAUCUGCUGACACUGGGUAUGGUCUGAAUGAUUAGAUCAUGAUGCUGCUAAUCAUGCUAUUCUCUGUUCUCCUCAGCAUGUUUCCACACAAUUGGGAUCCUGUAGAUACUGAGUAACAGGAUGUGUCACAUACUGUGAUUUCACCCAGUCUUAUGACUAGAACAGACAAGGACAGUCUGCAUCAGUAGAGAAACACAAAGAGACAGUUCUCUUAAGGUUAAUACAGAAUAAACAGAGCCUAGUUUGUCAUUUUCCACAACAGGAGUCCCGUUGCUUUAGUACUUGGUCAGGUGGUUCAAGCAUGUCCCAGUUUAGGUCACCUAGCAGGACAAAUUCCGACUUAGUGUAAGGGGCCAGGAGAGAGCCUAGGGCAGGUAGGGUACAGGCCGAUGCUGAUGGUGGACGAUAACACCCAGCAACAGUCAGCAAAGAGCUAUUUGAAAGUUGAAUGCUUAACCAGCUAAUCAAAUUGUUUGGGGACAGACUUGGUGGAGACAACCGAGCACUGAAGGUGUUCCUUGGAAAAGAUUGCCACUCCACCACCUUUGGAAGAUCUGUCUUGCCAUAAAGGUUAUAACCAGAAAGGUUAACAUCAGUGUUCAAAACACUCUUUCUUAACCAUGUCUCAGUAAUGACCAACACAUCUGGAUUGGAGCUGUGAACCCACACUUUCAAUUGAUACAUUUUAGGUAAUAAGCUUCUAGUGUUAACAUGCAGAAAACCCAGGCCUUUACGAGAGCAGAAGUCAGAAUUGGGGCUAGCAGCAGUAGAUGGGCCAGGGUGUACAUGCACAUUUCCAGAUACAAUCAGGGCACGGCAGAGGACAGUGUUGAUUUUUUAAAAAUGACAUUUGAAUGUGCAUCAGAUAGCAACAAGAUCAUAUUGCACAGCAAUUUCAUUAGGUACCAUGAAUACAAAGCCAGCGAGAGGUGGUUAGAAUAGGAUGGGAGGCCAAGAGCACCCACUUGGGAGAAGCUUUUUUCGGGAGGCCGAUUCCUUGUAGAAAAUCCCAGCUAGCUAGCAAGUCUCUGUCCACCGUUUCUUUCCACGUGGAAAAGGAGGUCGUUAGCUAGCUAUAUCUCUUCAGUUUCGGCGAAUGGUCCUUUACGACGUUGACUGUGCAGCAGCUCCUCAACCAACUGUUAACCAACAGCGAAAAAAUACUGACCAUGGAAGCUGAAGCACAGAAACUCCCAAAAGGUGAAUCGCCAGCUGCUACAGAAUAUCAUCGAAGUCCAGCGCCACAGCUGGAGAUGGAACCUGAAACUGCAUGGGGUGCGAGAAGAGGACGGGGAGAACAUACGGAGCGUUACCAUUGACAUCCUCGGGAAAGUAGCACCCAGGAUUCGAGACUAACUCCCGGAUGUCGUCGACGUGGUGCACCGCCUGGGAAAGCGAAGGGAUGACGGAUCUCCGCGGACAACCAUCAUGCGGUUCACAAUGACAAUCUACAGAGAUGUCGUAUGGAAAGAAGCCAAGGAGUCAAGGUUUCUUGUGGAGAAUAAACUACGCAUCAAACAGGCUCUCACUCCAGAAAAACUUUGGCCAAUGGUAAAAAAGGCUAGGGAAGAGAGCAUAUUUCAGCUGCACUUUUGCAUUUAUUGAUGGAAAGAUCGAUUGCCAGGUCGUCAAGUGAAUGUCAUGAGCGUACUGAAUGUUUUGAAAACACUGUGCUCCGGUAUAUAGUUAGCUACAUUAACUUGAAAUCGAUGUCGUCCUAUUCUGUCUAAGUCAAAUGAUAACGUUAAGAGUUAGCUAAAUUACUCUUGAGUAAUAAGUCGAUUGUCAUUUUUACAUUCACCCCGUUUUAUAUCACCAGGAAUGUGAAUAUGGGUUCAUCAUAUUGAUCACAACUACCUCAGUUUAGGGUAGUCCAGUUCUUUCUCUAAGCUCAGGUUUCCUUACUAGUUACCUAGCUUAAUAGUUCAACUAGUUAAUCAGUUAUUCAUAUCACUACACUGUAUUUGUCUUUAUUUUAUUUUUGUUACGCAAUGUUUUGAAUUCAAUGCACUAAAUAUUGUAUCUCUAAAUGCCAGGGGUUUACGAAACAUAACUAAAAGAAAAGCACAGUUUUUUUAUUUUGUUAACACUAUUGCAGAUUUCAUUCUACUCCAGGAGACUCUCCUGCGAUUCAGAUUCUAGCUUUUGAAAAUCCCAAUGGGGAAAUACUGUUUAUUAUAGUCACGGGUCUAACCACUCAGCUGGUACUACAGUGAGGGAAAAAAGUAUUUGAUCCCCUGCUGAUUUUGUACGUUUGCCCACUGACAAAGACAUGAUCAGUCGAUAAUUUUAAUGGUAGGUUUAUUUGAACAGUGAGAGACAGAAUAACAACAAAAAAAUCCUGAAAAACGCAUGUCAAAAAUGUUAUAAAUUGAUUUGCAUAUUUGACCCCUCUGCAAAACAUUACUUAGUACUUGGUGGCAAAACCCUUGUUGGCAAUCACAGAGGUCAGACGUUUCUUGUAGUUGGCCACCAGGUUUGCACACAUCUCAGGAGGGAUUUUGUUCCACUCCUCUUUGCAGAUCUUCUCCAAGUCAUUAAGGUUUCGAGGCUGACGUUUGGCAACUCGAACCUUCACCUCCCUCCACAUAUUUUCUAUGGGAUUAAGGUCUGGAGACUGGCUAGGCCACUCCAGGACCUUAAUGUGCUUCUUCUCGAGCCACUCCUUUGUUGCCUUGGCCGUGUGUUUUGGGUAAUUGUCAUGCUGGAAUACCCAUUCACGACCCAUUUUCAGUGCACUGGCUGAGGGAAGGAGGUUCUCACCCAAGAUUUGAUGGUGGGGAUGGUGUUCUUGGGGUCAUAGGCAGCAUUCCUCCUCCUCCAAACACGGCGAGUUGAGUUGAUGCCAAAGAGCUCGAUUUUGGUCUCAUCUAACCACAACACUUUCACCCAGUUCUCCUCUGAAUCAUUCAGAUGUUCAUUGGCAAACUUCAGACGGCCCUAUAUAUAUGUGCUUUCUUGAACAGGGGGACCUUGCGGGCGCUGCAGGAUUUCAGUCCUUCACGGCGUAGUGUGUUACCAAUUGUUUUCUUGGUGACUAUGGUCCCAGCUGCCUUGAUCAUUGACAAGAUCCUCCCAUGUAGUUCUGGGCUGAUUCCUCACCAUUCUCAGGAUCAUUGCAACGCCACGAGGUGAGAUCUUGCAUGGAGCCCCAGGCUGAGGGAGAUUGACAGUUCUUUUGUGUUUCUGCCAUUUGCGAAUAAUCGCACCAACUGUUGUCACCUCCACCUCCAAGCCCAUUCCAGCCUUGUGUAGGUCUACAAUCUUGUCCCUGACAUCCUUGGAGAGCUCUUUGGUCUUGGCCAUGGUGGAGAGUUUGGAAUCUGAUUGAUUGAUUGCUUCUGUGGACAGGUGUCUUUUAUACAGGUAACAAACUGAGAUUAGGAGCACUCCCUUUAAGAGUGUGCUCCUAAUCUCAGCUCGUUACCUGUAAAUGUCUUGGAAUGGCCUAGUCAAAGCCCAGACCUCAAUCCAAUUGAGAAUCUGUGGUAUGACUUAAAGAUUGCUGUACACCAGCGGAACCAAUCCAACUUGAGCUGGAGCAGUUUUGCCUUGAAGAAUGGGGAAAAAUCCCAGUGGCUAGAUGUGCCAAGCUUAUAGAGACAUACCCCAAGAGACUUGCAGCUGUAAUUGCUGCAAAAGGUGGCUUUACAAAGUAUUGACUUUGGGGGGGUUAAUAGUUAUGCACGCUCAAGUUCUUUCUUUUUUUUUUGUCUUGUUUGUUUCACACAACAACAACAAAAAAUUGCAUCUUCAAAUUGGUAGGUAUGUUGUGUAAAUCAAAUGAUACAAACCCCCCAAAAAAUCCAUUUUAAUUCCAGGUUGUAAGGCAACAAAAUAGGAAAAAUGCCAAGGGGGGUGAAUACUUUUGCAAGCCACUGUAAUAUGUUAUUAUUCAAAUGAAAACAAAACUACUGAAUUAGUCGUUAAUUUCUUCAUCCUCUCUGGUACAUUUUAUAUACACAAAAACAAAUAUUUGUUAUCUGUCCCCAAAUGCAAUAUAUUUUUCUUGAAAUCCAAUAUUUAAUACAAUCUCUAGAAUUUGUCAAUAACAAACAAAAUAAAUAUUCUUCCAACUCCAUCAUGGGUUUGUCCAACUGUGACCUCUGACCUUAUUCUAUUUAUUUUGGGUACCUUCACUUUUGAAAGUCAAUUCUUUUGUAGUGAUUUUUUUCUUUUUUAAUGUAAUGUUAUUUUAUGUUUCUUCAGAGAAAAUAUACGUGUAGUGAUGUCCUAUGUUUUUUUAUUUUUUAUUAUUGUAUUAUAAUUUGAAAUGUAUUUAUUUUUUAAGAAAGCUAUAUUACAUGUAUUACUGGUUUCUUGUGAUAUAUUUUUUCUAUAAUUCUGACUGAAAUCCAUAUUUUAUUAUUAACAGCACUGAGUUGAUGAGGCGAGUGCGUCGUUUCCAGAUCGCUCAGUACAACUGUUUGGUGGUCAAAUAUGCCAAAGAUACACGCUACUCCGAGAAGGGCAUGGCCACACAUGACAAGUAAGAACACUCUCUGGUUUUAUGUGAAAUAUAUUAUUUCCUGAUUUUAUAGAUAACAUUACAUUUACCCCACAUGAACUAAUACCCUGUUUCACCUGAUUCUCAUUGUUGCCACACUGGACAGGGGAACAGUUGUUUUUCCCCCCAGUGUUUUAUUAGUGUAAACAGAUUUAUCUUUAGAACUACAUACUGUAUAUCAGGGAUGGGCAGCUCGGAUCAAUUUCCCCCCAAUAAAUAUUAAUAAUAUAUUAUUUAUUUUUGAGGAACUCAGUCGGGGUCUCGACUUACCUUUGCGAGUUAGAAUAGUAGAAUACACAAGGUGCAAUUUCGAAAUUUGAUUGUGCAUCAGCAGUUUUUCUCUUGUGAUGUCAGUCACCAUGGUCGAAUUACCGGCCGGGGCCCGAUUUUUGAUUUUGUUAGUCAGUCUGCAAACUGCAAACAUUUCUACGCACCCUAUUGCAAAAUGUGUAGAAUUGCAUGACAUUUGUUGUAAAACAGAAUUGCAGCACCACUAAUGUAUUUAAUAGGAUACUAUGCAUGAUUGUAAUUUAUAAAGGAUGUACAUUAUGUUAAUGUAGUCAUGGAUGGUCUCUUUAAUAUACAUUUUAAUAUAAUUUCUAGAAGCACAAUGGAAGCAGUACCAGCCAACUGCCUGAGCGACAUGCGUUCUCUAGCUCAGCAGGCUUGCGUCAUCGGAAUCGACGAAGGACAGUUUGUAAGUAUAGUACAUUACGGUCUGUUACCAUCUCACUGUGUCCAACAGAGUGAUCCUCUUUGUUCCUUUACAUUACCUGUAUGUCCUCUACAGCUGAAUAACAUGCCAUUGAUAUCCAUCUGUUAUAUUCUCUGUUUAGCACAUGGCAUCAUCAGCACCAUAUUCCCUACAGUGUUAUGACCUAGGACAGCCUUUUUCAAACCUCUCCCCCCCAAAGACGUUCCAUGUAUUUAAACUAUUCCACAGCUAGCACAUCUGAUUUAAACUAGUCAACUAAUCAUCAAGCCCUUGACUAGGUCAAUCAGGUGAGCUAGUUCAGGGCUACAACAGAAUGGUGAAACAUCUCUGAGGAGAUCACUGACCUAGGCUACAUUACCAACGAUAACCAACAAAGUCCUAACUGUUAUACAGGUAUGCGUAUGAAUCCAUGCCAUAUUCUUAUUAUUUUCAUGUGUGUGUGUCAGUUCCCAGACACAGUGGAGUUCUGUGAGGAGAUGGCCAACAUGGGGAAGACCAUCAUCGUAGCGGCCCUGGACGGAACCUUCCAGAGAAAGGUAGGCAUGGAUGAUGAGUAAUAUCCAACGUUUGCUGCCUGCCUCCUGGUUGUCUGUCCUCUUCAUCGUGUUGUCAUCGGUAACAGUUGUCUCAUGUAAUAUAAUAUUUUACAUGUAGAGUUUGUCAGUUUAAUUUGAAUUAAGAGGUUGGCACUUGGCAAUAAAUAACUGUGUAUGAAUUAUGUGGUGUGUGUCUGUAAAGACAAUCCAUUUCUCUGGCUAGUGUACUAUCUGUCCUAACUCUCUCUACCCUGUCCUGUCCUGUCCUGUCCUGUCCUGUCUGCAGCCCUUUGGUAACAUCCUGAACCUGGUUCCCCUGGCUGAGAGCGUUGUGAAGCUGAACGCUGUCUGUAUGAUAUGUUACAAGGAGGCAGCAUACACCAAGAGACUGGGGGCAGAGAAAGAGGUGAGAGGGGAGAGGGAGAAAGAGAGAGAGAGAGGGGAUGGGAGAGAGGAGAGGGGGGAUGUAAUAUGAUUUAUAUUAGAACUGAGGAGGGAUUAUACAGUAGAAACAUCACAUGCCUUUCAGGCUCAAAGGCUUUAUUCCCAUCAACUUUAGGGAGUCAAAUGAGACUGGUGGUUUUUCAUAUCCUCUUACUCGUCACAACCAAUCUCUAUUGACAUUCACUGUCCUAGUCUAGCUGCAUCUCUCUCCCUUUCUGAUAUCCUCUCUUGAUCUCUCCAUCCCUUUUUUAUUUGUAUUAUUAGUCAACCAGUUAGGAAUGAAAAGUCCCUGCAGGAAUCACAAUUAUCACUCUGUCCCAUUUCACCGAUUAUUACCCUGCCGAUCCGUUCACAUCUGGUCUAAGGAGUAAGGGUUAGGGGGUCAAUUUUAGGACUGUGCCUAUAUUUGGACAUGACCUCACUUCCUGUUUCCUGUCUCUGCCCCGUCCCCAGGUGGAGGUGAUUGGUGGAGCCGAUAUGUACCACGCACGUUGCAGGAAGUGUUACGGUGGCCUGAUGGACGUGGUGGAGAAGGAGAAUAGCGCCCCCCACAGGGACGAGACGCCACCGCAUGCCAUGACAGGGAAACUACUUGACAACGCUACCGCACCACGGAAACUAUUCGCCACCCUGCACCUCUGAUCAUUCCCAGUAGAGAAUAUUUUUAAAGGGUUAUUUCACUCAGGUGACUUUUAAAGGGGUAGUUAACUUGAAUUGGAACUGAGUGAGAUGGUGAAUUAUCCCUUUAAGUUUUAGGUUUGGUAUUUGACUGGAGGAGGAGAUGAGUUUAAAGGGAUAGUUGUUGACUCAAUUUUCUAAUUUCAGUAAUGAACUAUCCCUUUAAGUUUUGCACUUGAAUGAGCAUGGACAAUAAAUGACGCUCUAUCAAUCCACUGAACUGUAUAGUAUUUGUGUAACUGUCAUUUUAUAGGGCUUAAUAUACUUCAAUGUAAAUAUUUCUAAUACAUUGGCCAAAUUAGUACAUAUCAUAUUUUGUAAGACUCUGCUAAAACAUACAUACUGCCAUGCAAUGAGUCUAGUGUACACAACUUAAUAUUCAACUGUUACCUUUUGUAGUACUGGUCUGAUUUGCCUCCUGUAAUUUUUCUGUAAAACAGAAGCUAAAUUUUUUUUUUAAAUGGUUAUUUAUGGUUUUUGUGUUUAGUCAUUUUCCAGAUUUCACAAAAUAAAGUCGAACCCAUAACGUCAUAGUUUAUUUUUUUUACCAAUCAUCACCAGAAAAACAUAAGGGGGAGAGGCCCAGUUGUGCCACUACUUCAUGCCAAUUGGACGCUCCCUCAAAACAAGACAUCUGUGGCAUUGUGUUGUGA